AUGAAGCGGGGGGGCGGCGGGCGCCGAGACACCUGCCGGCCCCGGGCGCGCUCGGGGCCCCCCCCCGUGCACACCCGCGCCUCUCCCUCCUUCCUCCCCUCCCGCCCCUGCCUCCCGCCGCAGCUGCAGAGCCUCCUCCUCCUCCUCCUCCUCCUCCAAGGACGAGUCCGGACCGACGGCGCCUGCCGGACCGGCGGCUCCGAGCGCCGGCGGCUGCGCGCUCGCUCCGGCGCUCGCUCCGGCGGCCCGCGGCAGCACCCCUGCCCGGCCUCUCCGGAGGCGAGAGCCCAGCCCCGGGUGCUGGGCGCCUCAAACGGCGCCGUGCACGGCCGGCUCGCGGAGGAGGGUCCCUGGCUGGACGCGGCGACGGACAUGGGCAGAGCGCCGGCGCACACCCUGCUACUGUCGAUGGUGCUGGGCUGCUCGGCCGUCUUCACCGACAUCCUGCUGCCCGGCCCCGAGGAGCCCGUGGUCAACGUGGCCGUGGUGUUCGGGGGCACGUCCUACCCGCUGCACAUCCGCUCCCGCCUCAGUCCCCAGAGCUUCCUGGACAUGCCCCUGGAGAUCCAGCCCAUCACGGUCGUGGUGAACAACACCAACCCCAGCACCCUGCUCACCCAGAUCUGCAACAUCCUCGCCAGCCACAAGAUCCACGGCAUCGUCUUUGAGGACAACGUGGGGACGGAGGCCGUGGCCCAGAUCCUGGACUUCAUCUCCUCCCAGAUGCAGGUCCCCGUCAUCAGCAUCAGCGGAGGCUCUGCUGUGGUCCUCACUCCGAAGGAGCCCGGAUCAGCUUUCCUUCAGCUGGGUGUCUCCAUUGAGCAGCAAAUUCAGGUGAUCUUCAAGGUCUUGGAGGAAUACGACUGGGGCUCCUUUGCCGUCAUCACCAGCCUGUACCCCGGCUACAACAUCUUCCUGGACGUCAUCCGCUCCUUCACGGAUGCCAGCUACUUCGGCUGGGAGCUUCAGGACGUGCUGACCUUCGAGAUGAGCCAGGAGCAGAGCAACUCACGGACGCAGCGUCUCCUGCGGCAGCUCGAUGCCCAGGUGCUCCUCGUCUACUGCUCGCGCCAGGAGGCCGAGUACCUCUUUGAGAUGGCGGAGCAGGCUGGCCUGGUGGGGCCGGGCUACGUGUGGAUUGUUCCCAGCCUGACGGUGGGCAACACGGAACGGCUGCCCAUCUCCUUCCCCGUGGGCCUCAUCAGUGUGGUGACGGAGAGCUGGAAAUUGAGCCUGCGCCAGAAGGUGCGGGAUGGUGUGGCCAUCAUCGCCAUGGGGGCGGCCAGCUUCUUCCGGGCCCACGGCUACCUCCCGGAUGUGGGACGCGACUGCCGGGCACCUGCCAGCACCACCACCAACAGCAGCUUCUACCGGCACCUCCUCAACGUGACCUGGGAGCACAGGGACUUCUCCUUCAACGAGGGCGGCUACCUGGUGCGGCCCACCAUGGUGGUCAUCUCGCUCAACCAGCACCGGCUCUGGGAGAUGGUGGGCAAGUGGGAGAAAGGCAUCAUCCACAUGAAGUACCCGGUGUGGCCCCGCUACGGCUCCUUCCUGCAACCCGUGGCCGACAACCGGCACCUGACGGUGGCCACGCUGGAGGAGAGGCCCUUCGUCAUCGUGGAGAACACGGACCCCAGCACGGGGGUCUGCGUGCGCAACACCGUGCCCUGCCGCAAGCAGACCAACUCCUCCCGAAGCGGCGAUGGCCCCGCAGACCCCUACACCAAGCUGUGCUGCAAGGGCUUCUGCAUCGACAUCCUGAAGAAGCUGGCCAAGGCCGUCAAGUUCUCCUACGACCUCUACCUGGUGACCAACGGCAAACACGGCAAGAUCGUCCGCGGGGUGUGGAACGGGAUGAUUGGUGAGGUGUACUACAGGCGAGCGGACAUGGCCAUCGGGUCGCUCACCAUCAACGAGGAGCGCUCCGAGAUCGUGGACUUCUCCGUGCCCUUCGUGGAGACGGGCAUCAGCGUCAUGGUGGCGAGGAGCAACGGCACCGUCUCCCCCUCCGCCUUCCUCGAGCCCUACAGCCCGGCCGUGUGGGUGAUGAUGUUCGUCAUGUGCCUCACGGUGGUGGCCGUCACCGUCUUCGUCUUCGAGUAUUUCAGCCCCGUGGGCUACAACCAGAACCUGAGCAGCGGCAAAAGGCCCGGCGGUCCCUCCUUCACCAUCGGCAAGUCCGUGUGGCUGCUCUGGGCCCUGGUCUUCAACAACUCGGUGCCCAUCGAGAACCCCAAGGGCACCACCAGCAAGAUCAUGGUGCUCGUCUGGGCCUUCUUCGCCGUCAUCUUCCUCGCCAGCUACACGGCCAACCUGGCCGCCUUCAUGAUCCAGGAGCAGUACAUCGACACGGUGUCGGGGCUGAGCGACAGGAAGUUUCAGCGGCCGCAGGAGCAGUACCCCCCGUUCCGCUUCGGCACCGUGCCCAACGGCAGCACCGAGAGGAACAUCCGCAGCAACUACCCCGACAUGCACACCCACAUGGUGAAGUACAACCAGCGCUCGGUGGAGGACGCGCUCACCAGCCUCAAAAUGGGGAAGCUGGACGCCUUCAUCUACGACGCGGCAGUGCUCAACUACAUGGCCGGCAAGGACGAGGGCUGCAAGCUGGUGACCAUCGGCAGCGGGAAGGUCUUUGCCACCACGGGCUACGGCAUCGCCCUGCAGAAGGACUCGCGCUGGAAGCGGGCCAUCGACCUGGCCCUGCUGCAGUUCCUGGGAGACGGUGAGACACAGAAGCUGGAGACAGUGUGGCUGUCGGGCAUCUGCCAGAAUGAGAAGAACGAGGUGAUGAGCAGCAAGCUCGACAUCGACAACAUGGCUGGAGUUUUCUACAUGCUGCUGGUGGCCAUGGGGCUGAGCCUGCUGGUCUUCGCCUGGGAGCACCUCGUCUAUUGGAAGCUGCGGCACUCCGUCCCCAAGUCCCACAAGCUUGACUUCCUCCUGGCCAUCAGUAGGGGCAUUUACAGCUGCUUCAACGGGGUCCAGACCCUGGCGAGCCCCGUGCGGGCGCCCACCCCCGACGUCACAGCCGGCUCAGCCCAAGCCAACGUGCUGAAGAUGCUGCAGGCCGCCAAGGACAUGGUGUCGACGGCCAGCGUGGGUGGCUCCCUGGAGACCGCCACGCGCACCAUUGAGGACUGGAGCAGCCGCAGCGAGCGCCUCCAGACCACCUUCUCGCUGAGGACACCCCAGCUCGUGGUGCAGAACAGCACCGGCGCCCACCGGCACCCCGCUGCCGGCCCACCGCAGAGGUUCAGCCGGGUCUACGUGCCCAAGGGUGCUCCUCCAGGCCUGCCCCAGCCCGUCCUGGUGGACUGCAGGCUUCCCGGGGACGAGAAGUGGCGAGGGGCCAACGAGCAGCCCCCCGUCCUUCACCCGCUGAGGUUUCGGGGCGGCUGUUCGGGGGACGUAUCACUGCCGGGCCCCGCAGCGGGCGCUUUCCCCCACCUCCUGGUGAAGACCAUGCCGGAGGGGGACGGCCGAGACCAGACGCCGAUGGGCAACCACGUGGGUGCCGCCUUGUCCCCCCUGACGCCGCCCAGGGAGCUUCCCCCUCCGGACAUCUACCGGGAGCACAAGCGGGCGCCGGCGCGGGGCGACCGGCUGCAAACCGCCCCGGCGCUCUACGGGGACGGCGGGCCCGGGCGCCCGGCGCCGCUGCCGCGGCUGCUCUCCGCGCCCACCGAGGAGGCGGCGGGGAGCCCUGUCCGGCCGCCCUCGGGCGCCCACGGCUCCUUGCCCGGAGCCGAGAGGACUUGCAGAGCCUGGGGGCCGGGGGCCGGCGCGGCGGCGGAGCAGGAGAGGCCGAGCCGGCGCGCGGCCUCGUGCCGGGCGGCGCGGGAGCGGGGCGAGAGGCGGCGUGGGCUCCGCGGCGGCGGCGGGGGCAGCUCGCCCGCCCGCGCCGACGUGCCCGACCUCUUCCCCGCCGGCUGCGGCCCCGCGGCCGAGGGCCCGGCGCCGCCGGGGGCCCGGCUGCCCUCGUACCGGGAAGCGUGCCGGCACGGCCCCCGCCCCGCCGACGGCACCCUGCCCCUCUACCCGGGACGCCUCCGCCGCGGGUCCCCGCCGGGCCGGAGCGCCGGGCGCCCCGACAGCGCUACCCGGGACUGCGGGAGCCGCGCGGCGCCGGCCUUCCCG